AUGGACCCUCAAAAUCAGCCUGGCUCUCAUGCCCAGCAAGGUCGCCCGCAGCCUGUAUAUGAUACGUCUCAUGGCGGCCAUUAUGGCGCGAGUGCUGCGCUGUCAGCCCAGGGUUUCGCUCCCGCCGAACUUUACACUGGCCCAUGGGCAAAUGUUCAUCAAGGCUUAACUGGCCAGUACAAGGACAUCUUGACAACCUACUGGCAGCAGACCAUCAACCACUUGGAAAGCGACAACCAUGACUACAAGCUGCAUCAACUGCCCCUGGCACGCAUCAAAAAAGUCAUGAAGGCUGACCCCGAAGUCAAAAUGAUAUCCGCCGAAGCACCCAUCCUAUUCGCAAAGGGUUGCGAUAUCUUCAUUACAGAACUUACGAUGCGUGCGUGGAUUCACGCCGAAGAGAACAAGCGGCGCACUUUACAGCGAUCUGACAUCGCGUCUGCCCUUGCCAAGUCGGACAUGUUUGAUUUUCUUAUUGACAUAGUGCCCCGCGAGGAGGCUUCCUCGCAUGCCAAGAGAACAGCAGGUCAGACUGCUCCCACACCCCAAGGCGUUCCAGCCCAAGCGACUCCCCAAAUGCCCGGCCAGCAUGGUUCCAUGCCACAGUCAGCAAACCAUUCGUCCUCCUCGCAUCCCAUGGCGGCCACUGACUACGGCCUCGCUGGCCAUGCUCUUGGGCCCGAUCAAGAUUACCGCCAAAAUCCGAAUAUGUACCCUGGCCAAGUACAGCCUGGUCCCUCCGCCCCCUACGGACAAGCCCAACAACCCAUGUACGGCGAGAUCGAGGGCAUGUAUGGCUAUGGGGCUAUGCAGCCACAGCAGCCGCCUAUGUCCAACGAGGAGUUUGAGUAGACGAUGGGCAUCCGCAGCGGCAAGUGUGUCUCAAACGGCUGUCUUCGAAUUUGUCCCUCACAGGUGACGCAAAUGAGAGGCAUGGCUAUCGUUUCGAUUUGGAUCUGGCGUAGCGGCGUUCAAGGCAUUUUUAGCGACGAGAGCCAUGAUGACGGAACAGCAUCGAAUCUGCCAGUGCUUCACGAUGGAUUGAUCCUCUUGAGUAACUAGCAGGAUGCGGGGGUGGGAAAACACGAGCUCCAUAUGUGAGUCUAGUAAAAUCCCGCAGAGAAUACAAAUGGUUGUUUGCUUCAGCAAGACUCGGAUGUGACGCGUGUUGGUAUGUCGAACCGCAUACUCCUCCACGCUCUAGGUUUUGUAGGCAGUGUGUGAGAGGCAAAUGGCUCUCACUUCAUCAUACCGAACCUGGAUGAAAAAUUGGCGAGAGGAGCGCUGCGCGUGGGACCUUGGGCAUUCGAGGUAAGC